GUAAAGGCGGCUGUCCUGCUGGGAGUGGUGUGUGGAGCUGUGGCUGAUGUAAGCUAUGCUUCCCGCGGUGGAAGCUUUGGAGGUGGAGCUGUUGGAAGCGCCAUCUCCGGAGGUUUCGUAGGAGGAGGCAACUUAAUCGGAGGAGGAGGAGUAGGUGUUGGAGGGGGUAGCUUCAUCGGAGGAGGCGGAGGCCAUGGCGGCAUCGGCGGAGGCAGAGUUGACGCAGGUCACCUCGUUGGACACGGUGUACUCCCUUCAGGCGGCGCUGGAGGUUUUAUUGGAGGUGGCAGCGCAGUAGGAGGCUCUUUCGGAGGCCCCAGUGUGGGUGGUUCCUUUGGAGGCCCUGUUGGCGGAAUAUCUUCCGGACGCGUUAGUGGAAGAUACGGCCGAUAACCUUAUCCUUAUAAGAAAUAGGGAUAGAAAUAAUGCAUAAUAAUGAAUAAAUAUAGACCUAUGAUUUCUUAUGUCAUUCUCUAAAUAUUCUAUUAUUACUGAGUCUGUUCAAAGAAAUCCAGUCCGAAA